AUGAGUCUACCAAGUCCUGUUUUUACUUGCAAUGCCUGUGUGAUUCAGUUCAAGUCUAGUGAUUUGCAAAGAUACCACAUGAAGACUGAAUGGCAUCGUUAUAAUCUAAAAAGAAGAGUUGCUGAGCUACCACCAAUUGGUGCUGAUGUAUUUGCAGAAAAGUUACAGAUCUCUGAGAGGGAAAAAGCUGAGAAUCAAGUAGAUGAAUUUGGUUUUGCUCUCUUAAAGCCAGCUAACCUACCCAAGGAAGAUCUUGAAGUCACAAGUAUCCCUCAUAAGGGUAAAAAGGGAAUAAGAAGGAAGAGCAAUGAAUCGUCUAAGGAUCAAGGGAAUUCCAUCAACGAGAAAAGCUUAGACUCUCCUGCAAAUGCAUCUGAUAUCUCUGACAGUGAAGGUACUACUACCGAUUUUGGUGAAAACACUGCUUCGGAAUAUGGAUUUACUAGUGAUUCUAACUGGGAAUCCGAAAGUGAGAUUGCAUCAGUUGCAGACUCUGAAAGAAUUUUGGACUCUAACAAAGUUACCAUUACAGAUUGUAUCUAUUGUGGACUACAAAAUAGAGAUGUGAACAGAAAUAUUAACCAUAUGUUCGAAGCCCAUGGACUUUACAUCCCAGAAAGGUCAUAUUUAGCGGAUUUACCAGGCUUGUUGAAUUUUUUAAUCCAAGAAAUUGUGAUCAAGAAACUUUGCUUGUGUUGCAAUUUCCAAGGUUCUAGUUUCAAGAGUAUUCGAGACCACAUGUUGUCAAAGAGGCAUUGCAAGAUGCCUUAUGAGACCAAGGAGGAGCGUGAGAAAUUUGCGCAAUUCUAUGAUUUUAGCUCCUUAAAUGAAUCUGAUGUAGAUCAUAAGGAAUCUGAUAAAUCCUCAAAGAAAAAAAUCCACUUCAAAGAGGAAGAUGAGGAGAUCGAUGAUGAUGAUGAUGAUGAUGAUACGUUUGACGGACACCAGAUCAAUUCCAACUACACUACUGUAGAACUAGAUGAUACUGGAUUAGAACUUACACUCCCCAAUGGUGCAAGGGCAGGCCAUCGUAUUGGUCAACGUUAUUUCAGACAAAACUUGCCACCUUCACCAGAGUCUCGUGACAGCAAGGCUACUGUUUCAGCUGCAGACAGAAGGCUAGCUAGUGGUAUCACAGAAAGACAAUGGAAACAAGGUAUGAAGGAUAUGAGAAAGGAAGAGCAAAAGGCCAUGAACCGCCAACUAAGACGUCAAAAACCCGAGAAAAUCAAUUUCCAACCUCAUUACAGGGAUGAAUUUUUGCAGUAA